AUGAAACAUGGUAGCGGUAGCACAGGUGGUUUAGUUGGCUGUGGUGGCGUGAUUGAUUGCGACAGUGGUGUGAUUUGCACUGGUGGUGGCAGCGGUGGCAUGAUUGGCAAUGGUGGUGGCGACGGUGGCAUGAUAUCUGGGGUGAUUGAUGGCAGUGAAGGUGGUGGCGACGGCAGUGGCAUUACCUGUACCAAUGGCAGUGGUAGGAUUGGUAUCGUUGGAGCGCUAGUUUCUGGUGUAGAUGGUGUCAUUGGCGUCGUAGGCUCCGUCGCAAAAGUGCCUUUAAAAUCGCUGUACAUCACAUGCACCACCACCACCGCCGACGGCUGA